AUGCCGCAAAAGAAGCAAAAAACGAAAACGAAGCGCGCGAAAAGAGCGAAAAAAAAGGACAAGCAAAAAAAAGAGGGACGAGAAGACAGGCGAGAAGAGGAGGAGGAGAAGGAGAAGAAGAGAGGAGACGAGACGAGACGAAAAGGCUCCGGAGCGCUGGGAGGAGUCUGGGGUAGACAAGGGACCAUCCCGGGUGCGGGCGUCAGCUCCUUUAGUUAUAUGAACCCGGUGUUCUCUAUAAGUAACGGCAGUGACCGUCUCGCUGCUCGCCGUCAAGCUCGAAUUGCCCAUCGUCUUGCUCCUCCUCUUCUCCUUGCAACUCCCCUGGAACUCGUAAUCGCAAAAUCCCGGCCGACUGAAUUGACCGAUACCGACCGCCCUGGCAGACAGGCGUACUUACACACAGACAGCGCCAGCGACCCCCUCCCCCCUGCGCAAAUCGAUCAACCUCCUGUGCCACCGUUCCAGCGUUCCGCAGCCUCCUCUUGGUUCUCGUUUUCCUUCUUCAUCCUCGACUUUCUGCUACCUGGGCUGUUCCAUGGAAGGAUCGCCUUCUCACUCGAAUUGCGGUCGACGAUGAGCAGCGCAACAGCCGAUCCAGAGACAGAUACAGGCCAGAAAGUCAUGGCUGACUCGGAGGUCCAACAGCAGCAGCAGCAGCAGCAACAACAGCAACAACAACAACAGCAACAACAGCAACCAGCACAGCUACAACAGCGUGAGUCGCUCGCGGGAAAGGCGAGAAGUGCCACUUCGGGCACCAGUCCGCGCGGAGACGGCGGAGAGGAUGGUGGAAGCGGAAGCAAGCAGACGACGACAAGCUCAGGCAACCAGAUGAGUUUUAGACGGUGA